AUGUCUGACAUCACCCCCUUCAUCACCGCCCUGGAGGCUGCCCAGAAGAAGGAGAAGUUCACCCCCGAGGUUCAAGCCGCCGCCGAGGGUAUCGACAUCGCAGCCCUGAAGGCUGUCUUCGAGAAGGUCGCCGAGCAGGGCGAGUUCGAGAAGCUCGACGAUGCCGCUGAGGCCGAGACCCUCCGCAAGGCCUUCGAGUUCGCCGCCAAGGCCGUCAUGAUGCUGAAGACCUCCCCCGGUCUCUUGGAGAAGAAGGAUCUUUACAUCUACUUCAAGGUUGGCAAGGGUGAAGUUAUGGAGAAGCCCGGCAUGUUCGAUAUCCAGAAGAAGCAGCUCUUCGGUGCCUGGGAGAAGGUCAAGGACUACAGCCCCGCUAAGGCUCACCAGCUUUACAUUGGACACGUCAACACCUUCAUUGGCAAGUACGGUACCCGCGACGAAUAG